UCAAGACACUCAAGAACAGAACAACUCAAGAUACAGGAAGAGAAACACAAUGAACGCAUAUGUGAAGACAAACACAUUCUACAUUUCAAUCUGGUUUUGGCUCAUUUUAGGUGUUGAAAGCUACAGCGGUGGGUCAAACCAUGUAUUAACUGUUCAGACUGGAGGAUCUCUCACCAUCCCAUGUUAUUAUGACAAGAAAUACACACAGCAGAAGAAAUCCUGGUACUCAGAGAUUAAUAACUCUAAAACAAACACAAACACAACAGAGCAGAAUCUGACAGUAAUUGAUCGUCCUGAUCAGAGUCUCUUUACUGUGACUAUGAGAAACCUGCAGAACAAACACACUGGACAUUAUUAUUGUGUUGUGGAGACUGGAGAACAACCAAAAAAUACAAUAUACAAGGUUUAUCUCAAGAUUCAGUCUACUCCUGAUGUGUCUGUGGUGAGCAGCAGUGUCUCUGGACAUGAAGGUGGUGAUAUCAGUGUUCAGUGUCUCUACAGUUCUGGAUAUCAGAAUAAAGUCAAACGGUGGUGCAGAUAUAAAGAUCAGAGCUGUUACACAGUGGGGAGGACUGACACAUCCCAGAAUUCAUCAGUGCAGAUCAGAGAUGAUGAUGGGAGAAGAUCCUUCACUGUGCUGAUGACUGGACUGAGACGGACUGAUUCUGGCUGGUACUUCUGCUCUGUAGGAGAGACACUGAAUCCUGUUCUCAUCACUGUUCAGAGAGACGAUGAAAAUAAAAGAGAUGCACUGAAUCCUGUUCACAUCACUGUAACGGAGGCAGAACCAGGCAAUGUCAGUGACAAAGAAAAUCAAACAGGGAUUCUCAAGAAACAUAAUAAUGGAACAAAAGACAUGAAGGAGACACAAAAUAAUGGACUCCUGAUUGUGUGGCUUCUUCCAGCUUUAGCAGCACUUCUGCUGUUCUUGAUUCUGGUCGGUGUUUUCACCUGGAGAUGGAGACGGAGACCCAAACAAGACAAACCUCACAUCAGAGGGAGAAACAGCAGCAGAACCACUGACAUGAUCUACUCUAAACCGGAAGAUCCUGUGACAUAUAGACCUAUAACUGAUGAAAUCCCACAUGAUCCCAACAAGGACAUAACCUACAGUACUAUUGUUCAUGUUCCUAAGAGUGAAGUGAUGAAGUCUCCAUCAGGUGAAGCAAUAAACAGCAUAAUAUACAGCACUGUGGCUCCACACUGACAGCAACAGAGAGAACAACACAAGAACAGAACAAGAGAAACAAAAUCAGACUGUCAUCACACUCCUUUCUAUUAUCUUAAGCUUGUUUUAAUUAAUUUGCUCAUGUGAUGUGAACCUAAUAUUUUAUUUUAAAAUACCUAAUAUUAUAUUUCCAAAAGGACCUGUAUUAACAAAUGUAAUGGUCAAGACUUUUGAAAUUUCAAAACAUAAUUGUAAAUGAAUGCACAGUUCAUAACUAGCCUACUCUGGCAAAAAGUGAUCAAAUUGGAUUGUUUCUUAGCAUUAUGUAAUUCUACAUAUUGUUUUAUAGUCUCGGUUUAAUUUCUUCAAUGUAAAACUCAUUUUUAGUUUACUUGUGAAGUGUUGCUUUCUGCUUUCAUUAUUAUAAACACAAGCAUAUCUAAAAUAAAGCAUUGCAGUUUUAUGUGUGA